UUAAAUACAAAAAGACAAAAGUGCUAAAAAUUUUGCAAUUAGCCGACUAGUAUUUGUGUAUGAGUUUCAUUAUAAUACCUUAAUGAUAAAUGACAUUCUGGUGCUAAAUCAAUCACAUCAAGAUGAUGUCGACAACAGAAGUGGAAAUAGACUUUGAUCCAACAAGCGAGCGCGAAGAGGGGGAGUUGGAAGAUUCAGAUGUAGAAGAAGGUACCUAUAUCCCCUUAACAAGACCAGAAGCUUUCAACCCUCCAUCCUUAGUACACAUGCAAAUUCAAGAUGAACAAAGCGAUGAUCCAUCACCAGAGUCAUCAGCUACAGAUUCUGAUGAAGAACCCAGGAGGCGUGCUAAACGCACAAAAGUCAGACCAAGAAGGCCGCAACCUCAACCCCAAAAUAAUAAAAGGGAGAAAUAUAAUGUGUGGUAUAGAGCUUUGCAGGAAGAACUACUCUCGGAAGACAUGAUUGGUUUUGAUGUCUCAAAGAAACGAAGAUAUGGUGUUGAAUCUUAUGAUUACACAAUAAAGUAUCGAUUAGAAGAAGAGUUAGCAUCAGGAAAUGCUUUUACAAAAAAUAGCAACUCCAAUAGAGACGUGACAUCUAACAAACGAAAGCACUCUGACAGAUCUAAUGUAAAGCUAAGAUUGGGUAAAAGAAUUAAUAGUAAUUCGCAUAUUGAAGAGAAACAUGCUCCGAAAUACUUGAAGGAUUUGGUGGUUAAUGCAGAAGAUCCGUUAGAUAUAGUAGCAUCUGAUAUAGCUGAUAAAUUAUCAGAAGAAAAGAAAGAAUUAAUACACAGAAUCGUAGGAGCAAUUGGAUCACAGAAAGCAAUGGAAUUGUUUAAAGAAACACAGAAAAUAGAGGCUGAUGGUGGCAUGCUUGUAAUGAAUGGAACACGUCGUAGGACCCCAGGCGGUGUGUAUUUUUUUCUUCUGAAGCGUGAUGACGAAAUCUCCCAGGACGUAGUCAGUAAACUUUUCGCUGAAGAAAAAAAGGAGAAUACGCGCCGUAUAAAGAAAAUUCACAAUAAAAGUCGUCAGAAAGCUAUGGAGCAACUAAAACAAACUUUAACCGACUCGGAGCUACCGUCGUUAGUAUCUCGCGGCGAGACAACGGCACAAUCGGAGCACGGAUCGAAUCCACCCCCCUCCCCGGCGACGGACGCCCGUGAGUGUUCCAGUGACACGGACGCGCACUCGCACACUGAGGCGGACGCGCACGCACUAACAGAGGAGCACUCGCACGCGCGAACACAGGCGGACGCGCCUGCGCCGUCAGCACCUGCCGCCCCGUCCGUCAGCAACGACCCCCGCUCCAUACAAGAAUACGAAGACGACGACUUCCUUGAUGUCAUGUGUAAUGAUGACAUGGACCUGUUCUAAACACAAGUCUGAUACUGCAGCUCCUUUUUUUUUUAAUGAGAUCCGUUAAUCGUGUGUAAUUAUCUUGUCAUGGGACAAGAUAAACUCGAAUGAUUGUUGUUAAUUUAUCGUUUUAAGGUGCGUCAUGUUCGCGCUCGCAAUUUGUCAGUUUUGCAUAUACCUUCCUUCAAUUACAUAAAAUUGGUCCGAAUAUGUAAAUAUGUAUUUGAAAAUAAAUUAAAAAUAAUCUAAUGAAAGACUGAGUAGAUGUUUCGGUAGUAAAUAAGUUUCUCUAUUUUUAAUUUAUAUAAGUCUUAAUAAAGUAAUCAAGACAUAACGGACGGCAGUGGCUCUGCUUUUGGCCUUGUCGAUGUUCACCGAUACCAAGAAGAAUAAAAGUAUGUGGUCUAUUACUUUAUCUUCGAAGUCCAUAAAAAAAGUCAAGUAACUGUUAUAAUUAUAAAUAUCACUACAAACUAAUUUUGCGAGUGGGAACAUUAUGUAUAUCAUUUAAUUACCAUUAGUUUAUUCUAAUACAGAGUAAAAAACCUCUGACCAUAAGUUACUGAAGACUUCAAUUUUAGUGUUUGAAGACUUGUAAUUAAUUACUGUAAGCAUAGGGUGGGUGUUACUGCUCGUUACAGUAAAAAGCACUGUGCUAAGAACAUGGCUUAAAGAUUUUUUCAUAAACCAUAUAUAAAAAAAUGUGUAAGGCACCCAUACAUUCAUUGUUUUGUUCAUGCAAGUUGGUUAAUUAUUGUACAAAAACCUCUGCAAUUUUAAUGUGUAGGUAUAAUAAAUCUAAUCUUAUAUGCUCGAAAGAAAACUAUAGUAUAGUCUACCCCUUAUAGUGUUAGAUCAGCCUAAAGAAUCUAUAUUUUUAUACCUCAAAAUAUUAUAUCAAAAUUAAGUCACUUUUUAGAAUGCCACUGAAGCUAACUUAUCUGUGUGCAAUAGUUUCAUCUUUCUAUGUACACUGUAUGUUAAGUGCCUUCACAUGUAAUCAGUGUUACAAAGAGUAUAAAACUCUUAUGUUAGAACUAAUAAUUGAAAACGCAUGUUUAAUUUUGUUUAGUUCCAUUAAAUAGUUUUAUAUAAAUAAUGAGUUUCUAUUUAAUUUUAAUAUUCUUGCUGGUUUAUGGUGUUGGUCCUAUAUUAAAUAU